AUCGGUGCGCGUGUGCGGAUUUUGGAAUCACACUGGUGAAUGUGCGUUGUUUCAACAGCGUUUUGGGAGAGAAAAAAACAAAACAAAACAAACAACAACAGCAAAAUAAAAAAGACAUAAAAAAAGCAGACGUUUGUUUGGAUUUAAAUUCGCUGGACGAAGUAUCAAUCAGAGAGAGAAAACAAGAAGAUGCCUUUCUCAAGAGGAAAGAAGCCGACAGUCAGCAAAAUCCCAAAGCUCAACCUUAAAAGCUCAGAGAACCUGAAGGAUGGCCCUCAAGCCAAGCGCUCAUCCUCUCCUCCUCAAGGGGCCCCUCGGAAGAGGACUGCAUUUAUCGACAUCACUAAUGCUCACAAAAUUGAGCUUAACAAUCCUUUGAAAAAGAAAGACCCAAGCAAGAAGGUGCAAAAGAAGACCUCUGUGGCCACCAAGAAUGAGGCCAACCUUAAAAAGUCGUCCUCGGUCACCUCUGAGAGUCCAUGUGAGGAGCAGGAGAAGAACAAAACCCCAGUAGAGAAACUGGAGGAACCCCUUCCCAAAGCUCCCCUUCCUGCAUACCUUCUGCCUCCACAGAUACCACCAGAGUUCGACAUCGACUCAGAUGCCUCAAUUGACCACACACACACACCAGAAUAUGCCAAAGACAUUUUUGAUUACCUGAAGAUGAGAGAGGAGCAAUUUGUGUUGCACGACUACAUGGCCAGUCAGCCGAGCCUGAACACGAGCAUGAGGGCAAUUUUAGUAGACUGGCUGGUCGAGGUCCAGGAGAAUUUUGAAUUGAAUCAUGAGACGCUGUACCUGGCUGUGAAGAUGACUGAUCAUUAUCUGGCUGUGGCUCAGGCCAGCAGGGAGUCGCUCCAGCUCAUCGGCUCCACGGCCAUGCUGCUCGCCUGCAAGUUCGAGGAGCGGCUCCCCCCUUGUGUCGAUGACUUCCUCUAUAUAUGUGAUGAUGCGUACAAACGUUCGCAGCUCAUUGCUAUGGAAGGGAGAAUCCUACUGGCGCUGAACUUCGAGCUGAAUAUUCCUGUUGCUUAUCGAUUCUUACGAAGAUAUGCCAAGUGUGUGAACGCCGCCAUGGACACACUGACGCUGGCCCGUUUUGUGUGUGAGCUCAGUCUCCUGGAGAUGGAUUUCGUCCCCAUACGAGCGUCCCUGCUGGCUUCUGCUUGUCUCCUCAUCGCCCUGGUAACCAAGGACCUGGGGGGAUGGACACAGUCUCUGCAGUUCCACUCGGGCUACAGCGUAGAGGAUCUGGCGCCCGUGGCACGAAAGCUCCUGCACAUGCUGAACAGUCCGUCAGACAGCAAGCUCGCCACCAUCCGCAGCAAAUACUCUCACAAGGUUUUCUUUGAAGUCGCCCUGAUGCCUACUGUGAGCUCGGAGAAGCUCGAGAACUUUCUGAAGUGAGCUGAAGGAGCUUGACUGUAAUCUAUAACGCAUGUAAAUAUUUGUACUUAAUAUUAUAUACCUCCUGACGGAAUUGAAAUGAACGUCUGUUCGCGAAGGCAUGUAGGUUUAUGUUGGGAAGUUUUCUCAGUGCAGCUUUAGAAAGAGAAAAACAGUAGUUCCUUGAUGUAAGAAAAACAGAUUGUUUAAAUUGUUAUUUUAAUAAUAAUAUUUCUAGGUUGUUAACUAGUGUUUUAAAAGAAGUGUUCUUAAAAUGCAUGUUUUUCAUAUUUCAACCAUGUAAAUGUAUUCCUGUAAAUAAUUGUUUUCCCUCAGUAUUAUAACAGCGUUUAUUAUAUAUGUUUUUUCUUGUUUCUACUUUUUAGUCAAAACAUUUGAUUAAAAUGAAUAAUAUAUCUCGAUA